AUGAUAGGGAAAAAAGAUACUCAGAUGAGAGUUAAGGAAAGGUUCUGCGUUGCGCUCAGGUUCUUUGCUAGUGGAGACAGUUUUGUGAGUUUGUCGUACCUUUUCAAAUUUUCUCCACAAGUUGUAUCCCAAUACGUUCUCAACGAUCAAAUAAAAAUACCGAGAAGUUCAAAUGAAUGGAAAACAAUUGCAGUUGAAUUCGAAAAUAGUGUCGUUUUGAUGGCACUUGUGGAUGCCAAUUACAUGUUCACAUAUGUGGAUGUUGGAUGCCAAGGUCGUAUAAGUGACGGAGGUGUAUUCCGCAAUACCGUUUUGGGCAGAAAGCUCGAAGAAAAUAGUCUGAUGUUACCCAAAGAUGAAUCUUUACCCAAUUAUACUCAAACUACUUUCCCUUAUGUUUUCGUUGCAGAUGAUGCUUUCGCUUUGGGACCCCAUUUAUUAAAACCAUUUCAGGGAGCUUACGAAGCAGGCAGCGAUGAAAGAGUCUUCAAUUACCGGUUGUCUCAUGCUCGGCGUAUUGUUGAGAACGCAUUCGGCAUACUAGCGUCGGUCUUCCGGAUAUUUAGAGCACCUAUGCUACUACAAACCGACAAAACCGGCAACGAAAACUAA